CCACAACAAUCAGCUCAUUUGGUGAACAAAACAACUGAGAGAGAGACACUUCUUUGUGGUCAAAAAGGAAGUCUACACAGUUCUCUACAAUCUUAUCCUCCCCCUCAUCGCCAAAUGUCUUCCAUUUUCUCAGACGUGUAAAAAGAAGAAAGGAAAAUCAAGAAAUCAAUAGACUAAGAGGAUUUCCAGAAAUUGCUAUUGAUUAAUUUUGCUUAAUCAUUCUUUUUGCUUAAUCAUUCUUUUUGUGUGUUGUGAUCUCUUCUCUUGAUGGCUUAUUGGGGGUGGUUUAAUUUUGUUUUAGGCUGGUUUAAUUGUAAGAUAUCUUUGCUUGAAUGCAUGAAUUUUGAGUUUUGAUUAUUGGAGUCCUUUUUUUGCUUCUGUACAGAAACAACAUUAUGAUCUUUUUAUACCUGUUUUAGUUGUGAUUCUAUGUUUCUAUAUUAUUUUAAUCUUUCAGAUUGUGAUGACAAUAUUGCUCAUGUUAGUUAUAAUUUUCUUUUGCAUCCUCAUAGUACUUAAAUGAAUGACUAAAAAAAGUUGUAACUAUUUGUUUAUGUUAGACUGUUAGUUAUUUUCUUUUGUAUAACUCUUCCUUGGUCAUUUGCCUAGCUAUUUUUUGAUACUCUUCCAUUUCAGGAUGGAAGUUGAUGGUGUGAUUACCACAGAAGAACAGCCUGUGGGUGUUACUAUGGAUUUGGAGCAAGAGCAAGAACAACAAGAGCAUGAGGAAGACGAAGUGGAAAAUGAAGAUGAGGAGGGAGUUGAAGAGGGAGAUGGGGGAGGAGAUAACGAAAAUGAUGAAAGUCUAGAGAUUGAUAAGAAAAGAAAGAGAAGGAGAUCCGCGGUUUGGGAUGAGUUCGAUGAAGUAACAGGAACAAACAAAAUGCAAUGCAAACAUUGCAAGGCACAACUUCAAAUCAGUGGUGGCACGACAUCUCAUUUCAGGAGACACUUAAAGGGAUGUGCAAGAAGGAUGACAAAUCAAAAGUCUCAAAAGAUAUCGGGUUUCCGCUCGGGUAAAAUCACUAGAGAAGUUGUUUAUAGAUGUUCUCAAGAAGAAAGAGGAAAAUGGAAUGCUUUAGGUUGGUGGAUGAUAGGUGUGAUAAUACCUAUUUGGGAAAAAGGUGGACAACAAGAUUGA